AUGGCGCCUCUGACUCCCUCCGUCCAUCCGUACCCCUCGCUUCUCUUCCCAUGGCUCUCCGAUAAUAAUAAUCACCCCGCAACGAUUACAACUACCGUCAGCGGUUUGUCAGCAGCAACGUCAUUGUCGCCUCCCGAUUCCCUCGAUGGCACCGGCGGUUUCUCCUCCUUGCUUACCCUCCAUCCAUCCACCAAUGUCGCCUCCUUCCUCACCGCCGCGUCUUCCGCCGCGACUUCCGCCGCGACUUCCGGCGCCAAUCUCUCCGCAAACGACACCGCGAUGGCCGCAAUCGGCGCCGCCUCGCGCGGCAAUUCCGCCGAACUUUUCUCAUCCGUCGCAUUCUCUCCCUUUCCGACCGUCUCCUCCGCAAUUCUCGGCCCGUCCGCCGCGCCGCCGCCGCAGCCCCCGGCGCCGCCUCCGCAAUUCAUAGAUUCGUUCUGCAAGCCGCAGUUUAACGGAUCUUGGGAGUCAAUCACGAACGAGCUAGGCGCGUUCACGCCCUGCUUCAUCGACAUUGUCGUACUCGGUACAGCGUACCUCGCUAUGAUUCUUCUAGCCGUGCUGCGGCUGUAUGUUCUCUACACCACCCCGCGCGCGCAGCAGCGGGCGGUUGCGCCUGGGUGGCGCGGGGAGCGGGGGAUCGUGGCGGCUGCCGCGCUGGCGCUGACGUGUGCGGUGGUCCCGCUGAUGCAGCUGAGCGCUCGCGUGUCCCUGAGCUCCUUCUCUAAAGACGCGGAUCUGCCGCCUUACGAGGUCUGCUCCUUGAUCCUCGCGUUCCUCGCCUGGGCGCUCACAGCAACGGCGCUCUUCUGGGAGCGCAGGCGGAUGGCGGUGAAGGGAGCAUGGCUGCUGCGAUUCGCAGUGCUCUACGUGAUGGUGGGGCAGCUGGCGAAGCUGCGAUUCGUGCUCAUUCUCCAGCAGGACUUGCAGGCUUUCUUUGUGGAGCUCUUCUUUGGAUACACAUCAGCUCACGUCCUCCUGGGUCUGCUCGCGCUCUUCUUCUUCCCCAACCUGCUCCCUCUUGAGCGCGCCUCAUCGGGAUUCUCCUCCUCCGCCCUCGCAGCUGCAGAGGCAGCAGCGCCACUUCUGCCAGCGGCAGCAGCAGGGGCAGGAGGGAGUGGUGGUGGUGCGGGGUAUGAGCCUUUGGCUGCAGGGCCUGUGGGUGGGGCGGAAGGAGAAGCAGCGGAGGAGGAGGGAGGAGACAACCAGGGGCAGGUGUGCCCGGAAGACCACACCAGCUUCAUUAAUCGUCUGACGUUUGGGUGGAUGACGCCUCUCAUGGCCACGGGGUACCGCCGACCGAUAGAGGACAGCGAUGUGUGGCGGCUGAAUGACGGCGACCGCACUGCCACGGUCUAUGGCAGGUGA